AUGGCGGAAGCACCAGUCAAAGCAUAUGCUAUCGGCCUUACGAGAGGUUCGAACUUUGAAAACUGUCGAUACAAGAUCAUCGCCUCCGAUAGGAAGACCCUAGAUACCUGGGUAAAGGCUACAACGGAUUAUUCCUUGCUCACCGUAGUAAACCCCUUCUGGUUUACAUUCGACCAUGAGAAUUCCCGCAUGCUCGCCGAGUCCGAAAAUGUUCCCUCUGAAGUGAAGGGUCGAAUCGUUAUCCAACGUAUGCCCGACAUGGCCCGCUCGGUCGUAAAACCACCUACCGCUGAGUACUCCUUCAAACGUCCGGACGGUACAAGAGGGUUCGUGGGCGGCCGAGAUGGACAGUGA